CGCUUAAACCUUUAAAAUCUCAUCAAAAAACCCCUCAAUUUCUGAUUGCUACGAUGGCCUUUCACGUCGCCUGCCCAAUUACAUGUCGUCGAAUUUGCUACUGCUCGCUAGGGUUUCCACGGGAGGUACAGAAUGAAAAGGGGCAAAUUGGGUUCUUGGAGGAAAUUGAUAGGCUCAAGGCGUUUUUGGAUGAUCCAUGGUUGAUUAAAGAUGAUAAGAAAAGGAUACAGGUUCUUGUCCCCAAGGUCGAUGUUACGCCUCCUCCGCCACAGGUGACAGUGACUUCUAAUGCUGUGGUUGUUGAUGGAGGAUAUGAAGAUGCUGCGGAUGAGAUGUUAUCGGCACAGAAUAAGCGGGUGGCGAUGCAAAAGAAGGCGGCUGCCGCGUCAUUGGUGGCGGAGGAUUAUGCUCGGAGAUUUGAAUCUGGGGAUCCGGAGGGUGUAAAUAAAGAUGUAGCUGGAGAAGAGCAAGUUCUCUCUAAUGGAAAAGUAAUAAGUAUCACAGAAGCUGUUUGA